AUGAGUAAUUCACAAGACGGAAGAAAUAGGGAUGUUUCCAUCACUCAAUUGGAAAUACUCCAAACACUUCAUGAUCAUUUCGAACAAGGUGAGAAAGGCUCAAAUAUUUCAGAUUCACAGAAGUAUUCAUGAAAUUUUGUUGAUAAUGAAGCUAAUGCCUUCACUCAGAAUGACUCCAAGAAAAACAUAAAUGCUGGAAUUGGUAGGUCUCUUAAUAGAGUCCCUACUAAAAAUACUAUUGGAGAUAAAGAUGAGAAUGAAGGCAACCUAAUUAUUAUCAGUAAACCUAAAACAAACCAUAAGAGGUAUCAAAUGUAUGAAGGGAACAGCAAGUUCUGGUGUAGAGGAAAGUUAUUAACAGGGCCAAGGCCCUUGGCAAUAGGGCUCACUCUUCUCCUCACUCAUAUUCCUAUGUGCCUCUAUUAUCCGAUGGUUGUUCCUCGGAUACAAGAUAAUUUGGAGAGAGCUGUAGUUCUCGCAUUUUCACUAAUUUUGAACUUCGCAUUCGUUGCACUCAUGAUUACAACAGCUACGAUGAAUCCUGGCAUAGUUCCAAAGUUGGAAGUAGACCCCCAGCUCACAUUUAAGAUAUCUCAAGCAAAGCCAAAAUCCAACAGACACUUGAUGAAGUUUAAUGGAGUGGUGGACUACCAGUCUUAUUGCAGCUCAUGACUAAUUAUAAGACCUCCAAGGUGCCACCACUGUCAUUUCUGAUGAAAUUGAGUGGAAACUUUUGACCACCACUGUCCUUGGAUCAGCAACUGUGUUGGAAAGAGAAAUUAUCCGUACUUUAUCGGGUUCAUUACAAAUCUCUCCUUAAUGCUAAUCUUAUCAAUAAUAAUAAGUAUUAAGACAUUAGUUGACCACCAGAAAGAAGGGGAAAUGAAUUGGGAUAAUACUCCUAAUAUCUUAGUCAUCAUCCUCAGCACCUUAGCAGGAGUCUUUCCAGUCGGUCUGACUGGAUAUCACAAUGCUCUGAUCCUGAGAGGAGAGACUACUUACGAGAACUUAAAAAGGCUUUAUAAAAACCGCAAGAAUCCAUUCAAAAGAGGGUUUAUAUAUAAUAUCAGGAUGAAACUCUGAGCUAACAAAUCUGAAGACCAAAUGGUGAAGAAUUAUGACGGAGUCAUCUUCUAAACUACUGCACUUAAUUUUGUACUAAUAAUCAUUUCCUACAAUCUUUCUGAAGGAGAUAAUUCUUAUUUCUGAGUAUUUCCAUAACCUGUCUAAUUCUGAUUGGAAUUCUGACUCAUUCAUCUUAUGAAAGCGGAGAAGUGGCUGAUAGUGAGCCAGUUUUAAGACAAUUCUAGGAUAUAUCGGAUGCCUAUAGUAACCCUGUAAACUUAGUCCAGACUUUUCAGCCUCUCUUUCGAAUUUGGCCGGGCUAAAAUAAAGUGUAUGUCAGAAUUUUUAAAUAUUAGUUUUUAUAGUUUGAGAUUAUUUUGCUCGACAGUUUAUGUAAACCAUUUCAGAAUCCAAGGUAAAUCUGUAAUCAGGAUGUUUAUGGUCUAUUUAAUUCAUUUUAGUCCCUAAAAAUCUCUAAAGUACUGGCUAACAAUGGAUCUCUACUUUUCUCAUCGGACCAAUGUGGGAGCAAUUAGGAAGGAAAAUUCAUGAAUAUUU